AUGUCGAGCCCAUCACCACUACCGCAACCCGCCAAGGACAUCGUCCUCGACACCUCCACUCUGCCAGCAUCGUCGACAGCAUCCGUAUGGGACCGCAUCUCGAAAUGGGUUUCGGAGAACAAGGCCAUCGUCUACACAAUAGCCGGUGUCGCAGUCGUCGUGACCAGUGCCGGUGUUGUAUACUAUCUCUCCGAUUCGAAUAAAGCUACAAAGACGGCAGCUCCUACGGAAAAGAAGAAGAGCAAGAACCAAAGGCGAAAAGAGAAGAAGAAGGCCGAGGAGGAAAAGAAGGCCAAGGCUGCUACGGUUCAGGAUGAAUCAACCGCGAAGAAGGCCGAGGAGCCGUCCGACGAGCUUCCCGAAGUCGAUGAGGCAACCGUUGGACAAUUGUCUGAAGAGACUAGAAAAGCCUAUGCGGCGAAACUCAAGGCGGCUGGAAACAAGGCAUUUGGUUCCAAGGAUUAUAAUAAGGCUAUUGAUCUCUACGGAAAAGCUAUUAUCUGCAAGCCUGACCCUGUCUACUACUCCAACCGUGCUGCUUGCUAUAACGUCCUGUCCGAGUGGGAGAAGGUCGUCGAGGACACCAGCGCCGCAAUUGCCAUGAACAGUGAGUACGUCAAGGCCUUGAAUCGCCGGGCCAUCGCAUAUGAGCAUCUUGAAAAGUUCAGCGAGGCCCUUCUUGAUUUCACUGCAAGCUGCAUCAUCGAUGGCUUCAGCAACGAGACCAGCCGUGUCGCCCUGGAGAGACUGUUGAAGAAGGUUGCGGAACAGAAGAGCAAGACCAUCCUGGCCGCCAAGGGCAAGAAGCUCCCAAGCCCGACAUUUGUUUCCAACUACCUCCAGAGCUUCCGUCCCAAGCCGCUCCCCGAGGGCCUGGAUGAAUCUGCUGAUCUGAGCGAGGACAGCGGCAAGGGCCAACUGCGCAAGGGCUUCCUUGCAAUGGCCAAGAAGACCGGGGAUGGCUAUGAAGAGGCUGCCGCGGCGUUUGAGAAGGCCCUCGAGUUGGGCGACUUGGGUGAUUUCGAGGCCUUGGCUCUCAACAUGAGAGCCACCUUCACGUACCUGGAAGGCGAUGCCCCGACGGCUCUGAACGAUCUCAACAAGAGCGUGGAACUGCAGCCUUCCUUGGUACAGAGUUAUAUCAAGCGGGCUAGUCUUCAUCUCGAGCUAGGAAACAAGGACGCUGCAGCGGAUGACUUCGAGCUUGCCAUUACUCAUAACAAGGACGAUCCCGAUAUCUACUAUCACCGUGCCCAGCUCCACUUCAUCCUGGGCGAGUUCGCCGAUGCCGCGAAGGACUACCAGAAGUCGAUCGACCUCGAUCGCAGCUUCAUCUACUCUCACAUCCAGCUGGGUGUGACGCAGUACAAGAUGGGCUCCGUGGCAUCUGCCAUGGCCACCUUCAGAAGGUCUGUGAAGACCUUUGAGGACGUUCCUGAUGUCUACAACUACUUCGGUGAACUGCUCCUUGAUCAACAGAACUUCGCUGAGGCCAUCGAGAAGUUCGACAAGGCAGUCGAGAUGGAGAAGCAGAGCAAACCUAUGGGGAUUAACGUCCUUCCUCUGAUAAACAAGGCUCUCGCUCUUCUCCAGUGGAAGCAUGACUUCCAAGAAGCCGAGAAUCUGUGCCAGAAGGCUCUCAUCAUCGACCCCGAAUGCGAUAUUGCUGUGGGGACGAUGGCUCAACUUCUCCUCCAGCAGGGCAAGGUGUCGCAGGCGCUUAAGUACUUCGAGAGAGCCGCUGAGCUGGCUCGGACAGAAGGUGAAAUCGUCAAUGCUAUCUCAUAUGCCGAGGCAACGCGUACACAGCUGGAGGUGCAGGAGAAGUACCCCCAGCUCGCGGCACGACUACAGAGCAUGGGCGCUGGCCUUGGCGGGGGCUUCUAA